GUUGUGUUUCAAUAAAGUUUUAUUUAAAAAAAGAAAUGUAGUCUGCUUUUGUAGUUCACGUGGACUACAAACGCGCAUGCGCACCACUCUGACCUUCUGUGGUACGCUAGCAAGCAUGGCUGCUCGGGCACUUACGAAAGGUGUUUGGGGGUUACGGAACUCACGAAGUGUCGCUGUUAAAUGUCAGUUUGCCACUGCAGCGUCUGUCAAACCAAACCAAUCUCAGACUGACUAUGUUGCAGAGAAAAUCUUAAAACUGCCUCUUGAGAAGCCGGACUUUUUCCGUGUGUCAGAGCUCUUUUCACUGAAGGACUUGUUCGAUGCCAGAGUUCAUCUUGCUCACAAAACAGGCUGCAGACACAGGCUCAUGGAGCCGUACCUGUAUGGCUCCCGUUUGGACCACGACAUCAUCGAUCUGGAUCAGACUAUGGAGCACCUUCAGCUGGCCCUGAACUUCACCGCCCACGUUGCGUAUCGCGGCGGAAUCAUUCUCUUCAUCAGCCGUCGGCGUCAGUUUUGCCACCUGGUGGAGGGCACGGCGAAAGAUUGUGGGGAGUAUGCACACACUCGGUACUGGCAGGGCGGCCUUCUCACCAACGCCAACAUCCAGUACGGCCCUGGAGUCCGCUUACCCGACCUCAUCGUAUUCAUGUCGACUCUGAACAACGUGUUUCAGCAGCAUGUGGGCAUCCGCGAUGCGGCUAAGAUGAACAUUCCCACGGUGGGCGUGGUGGACUCGAACUGCAACCCCAGCUUGAUCACGUACCCCGUGCCGGGAAACGACGACACUCCGGCUGCCGUUGAGCUUUACUGCCGCUUGUUCAAGAUGACCAUCAACCGCGCCAAAGACAGGAGGAGGCAGAUGGAGCUCCUUCACGGCUUGUCUGCACCAUCCACACCAAACGUUUGAUGCACUGUGUUCUCGCAUGCGUGAAAGUAUUUCAAAGUCACGACUGUCAGCUGCUCCACCUCAUCUUUCAUCUGUAUGUGGAAACUAUUUGAGUUUUUUUUUUUUUCAUUCUUUUUCUUAACUUCAGAUUGAUUUUGUUCAUGUAUGACUUCUGAGUAAACCUUGUUUCUGUACCAGAAGGUUUGCUUUAGUCCAUUAUUCUUAAACUCCAUGCUUCAAAGAAACCGCAGGGUUCAAAUUACCACCUGUCGUGACUGUGACUCGCUGUUAACAUUUAAACUGAUCAAUUUGUGCUGCCUUUAGUAUAUUAUGAUAUUAACUAAUAUUGCAGCAUCAGAAAAUAUUUAGUGAAAUAUUACUGGGAGUAUGGUUUACCUAUUUAAAAAAAAAAAAAAAGGCACAUCUUAAG